GUUAAAACAUUCACAAACAUACAAUAAUAAAAUGGUUUUCGAUAUUACAAAUAAAGUGGCUCUUAUUACUGGCGGUGCCUCAGGUAUUGGUUUAAGGUACGCCAAAGAAUUACUUAGAAAUGGUGCGAAGGGAGUCACAUUAGCUGAUAAAAAUACAACUUUUGGAAAAAAUGCUUUAGUAGAUAUUGAGAAAGAGUUUGGACCAAAUAAAGCAAUCUUUAUUGAGACUGACGUGACUGAUAUAAAACAGUUUGAAGAUGCUUUCAAAAAAACUGUUGAAACAUAUAAAAAUGUAGAUAUUCUAAUAAACAAUGCCGGAAUUCUCAAUGAUUCAAUUUGGGAGAAAUCAAUAACAAUUAAUGUGAAUGGAGUAAUUCAUGGAGUUUUAUUAGGAAUGGACAAUUAUUUACCAAAAUAUAAAAGUGGGGAGGAAGCUCUUAUAGUUAACAUUUCUUCAAUAGCAGGAGUCCAAGGUUUUGCAGUUAUUCCAGUUUAUACCGGAACAAAAUUUGCAGUACAUGGCAUGACUCUUGCCUGGGGACACGAGUACCAUUACAAUCGUACUAAAGUGCGAGUUAUUGGAAUUUGUCCCGGUGUAACAGAGACUCCCCUUGUCACUGAGAUAAGUGGUAAGACGCUAGGGGAUGCUUAUGAAGCACGACUUCACGAUGACCUUUCACUUUUACCAACUCAAGCUCCCGAACAAUGUGCCAAGGGUGUUAUAAGUCUUAUUAAAAAUGCUCCAAGUGGAACAAUGUGGGUGGUAGAAGGAGGGGCACCCCCAUAUAAAUACGUGAUACCAGAACGUAACAUUUAAACUACGUUUAUAGUUUUUAUAAUACAAGUAUGUAUUGAAAUUUUUUUAUUACUUUAAGAAAGCUGUAUCACUAUUGUUCGUUAAAAUUAAAGAUAUUUUUACAUAAAAA